AUGAACGAGGGUCGACAGCAGCUACUACUUCGGAAGGUGGAUCGGUUGGUAGCGCUGGGUCCAGUGGUUAUUGCGAGCGCCAAGCUGAACGUUGUUGUGAUGUUGGACACGGACGUGAAGCCCCUCCUGUCCACGGGUAUGGGCGCGGACGAGGAACUUCCCCUGGACGCGAAUCUGGACGUGGACGCGGAUCUGGACGUGGGCGUGGAGCUGGGCGUGAGCUUAGGCGUGGGGGUGGGCGUGAUAGUGGAGAUGACCGUGAGAGUGGAGCUUAUCGUGGACGUGGAGCUGGCCUUGGACAGGGUACUGAGCGUGGAAGUGGAGCUGGCCGUGGUCGUGGGGCUGACAGCGGGCGUGGCCAAAGUCUAG